CAAAGCGGCACUUCGCUUUCAAUUUCAAUUUCGCAUGCAAUGAAGUGUUAAAUUCAAUUUAAAAUCGUUAACUCGCUUAUCGCCAAAUGCGCCAGCAGCCAGUCAUGUGCGCAAAGCGCAUGUGCGGUGGCAGUCCAUGGCAGCAAUGCUGCGUUGCAUGUUAUUCAGUAGCGAAAACCACUUGUGGCGCUCAACGUUUACUUGUGGCAGCAUAGUGUUCGCGUGCAGACGCGUCAUCAUGGAGCAAUUGGAGAAGGAAUUUGCUGACUUCUUCGGCGAAUGUAAGCAGCAAGGAUUUACCUCCAAAGAAAUGCGUGCCAUAUGUCAGCCGCUGUUGCAUCGUCGCAACAACAGAUGUUACGUGUUACUGGGCGUCUUGUUGGCUAUGAUGGCCGCCUUUUAUUUACUCUAUAACUGGUCCGAAGAAUUUAGUUGGUUUGUUAGCGCCAUUGGACGUUUGGUGUUGCUACAGCUGUUGCCCUACUGGAAUUGGACGCCUCUAUAUAGUAGCCGGUGUCUAAUUGAGCGUGCGGUAGAUAAAAACGGUGCGCAGAGUGCAACUUCAACAACGAAAGCCUUGGGCCGUUAUGAGACCGAAGCUGAAAAUUGCGUACUUUGCGAGACGCUUGAACGCAUUCCCGCAACAUCGAAUACAACUUUCUCAUUCCUCGAAUCAGUUUACUUGGAACGCGGCUUGCCAGUUAUUGUCACCGACUCGCAUCGGCCACGCUCGCUCAACAUGUUUCUCGACGAAAUGUACAGCGCACCUUUGGAUUUUCUCGAAAGCAAUCCUUGUGAUGUGUCAACCAACUUAAUGCUCAUAAAGCUUUUCAAUUUAGAAUUGGCUUUGCAAAAGAUCAAGAGCACCACAACCAGUGCCAAAUGGUUCCUGCAUUUGCGAAACUGUGAGAGGCGCGCAGUCAAAGCGUCUCGACGCUUCGUCACACGUCCCUAUUACUAUCCACUCCAUCUAGAACCGUUCUACUCCAGUUGGGUGCUGAUGUCACAGAAUUAUGCGAGCGAACAGUUACGCGAAAUUUACUUACAAGGCUUAGUAUUCGUAAAACAACUUUAUGGUUAUUUCGAUAUACGCCUGCGACCGAAGCAGCCGUGUCAAGGCCCUUGCCCGGUGGUGAAUAUACGCUUGAGUGCUGGUGAAUGUUUGAUCUUCUCCACAGAUUUGUGGAUAUUUAACUAUGGCACCGAGGAGUUGGAGAGUAAAACGGCUUCAAUAGCAACACUGUUGGAAAUCGAUUGGCAGUUGUAAGAAAAAGUAUUUCAGUACAUUUUUAGAAUCUAAUGGCCUUAUUCAUAAAAAAUGAAGUAGGUUUAAAGAGCUUUAUA